GCUGCUCUACUAGAGGCUCCCUGGGAGGCUCGUACACCGAGCAACCAUAAGAGCUCGUCACCAGCUUCUAUUAUUAAAGCAAUUAACCAGCUAAAGAAGGGCGCUGAGGUGAUAAUACUCUCUGCUGAGCUGAUGCGCGAUCAGAUCACCAGCCUUGAGCGAGCCAACAAGGCAGCGUCAGCGCGUAAG